CUGUCUCGCCGGACAUUUUCAUUCCCGCCUCUUUCUCUCUGAAAAAAUCCCAAAUGAAAAUGCUCUCAACAGAAAAAACUACCAAAACCCUAACCCUACAGAAAUUCAUCUCAUGAAAUUCUAACCACUCGAUGUCGAAUCAACAGUCCUGGACGCUCGAAUCCGACCUCGACGGCCUUGAUCUCGACCUUGAAGACCUCCACCCCUCCAUCCCCCUGAAGAAGGUCCCAGCCGGCGACAUUUUCGAGGCAUCUCGGGCCGGCGACGUCGACCGUCUCCGAUACCUGAUCGAGUCGGGCGCGAACGUCAACCUGCGGGACCAGUGGGACUCCGCCGCUCUCUAUUAUGCGUGCCUGGCGGGCCACCUCGAUGCCGCGCGGAUGCUGCUUGAGAGCGGAGCGAUAUGCGACGAGCAUACAUUUGAUGGGGACCGUUGCCACUAUGCAGCUUUGAAUCUGAGGGUGCGGAAGCUGCUGAAGGCAUUCGAGGCCCGGCCGCCACCACUGGGCCCGCUGCAGGGCGCUUUAAGAGAUACGUUCUUGGGAUGUGCUGCGAACCAGGCUUAUCUUGAACAGUCCAAUGGUCGAAUUCAAAUUCCAGGCCGUUCUUCGUCAAACAAUGUAUCCAGUUCAGAUCAUUUUCCUUCGGAUGUUGUAUUUUAUGUGCAAGGAAGACCGAUCGAAGCACACCGAGUUAUCUUGAGUGCUCGAUCACCCUUCUUCAAAAGGAGAUUUGAAGAAAAAUGGAAAAAUCGCAAGGAAGUGAGAUUCGCAAGGGAGAAAUUGUCUUAUCCUGCGUUGUACAGCCUCAUCCACUUCUUCUAUUCUGACAGGCUUGAGGUUGCCAUCGAUGACAUGGAAGAUCUUGUGGAGAUUUGCAAAGUCUGCAAGUGUGAAGAAUUACAAAAGGUCCUUAAGAAGGAACUAGUUCACCAAAAAUAUGCAGAGUAUAAGGCGUUGAGAGAUGUCGAUAGCUCUCAAAAACGGUUUAUUUUACAGGGGAUGUCUCUCCCGGAGCAUGAUCGGCUUCCUGCUGCCAUGCACCGCAUUCUUCAGAGUUCCCUUGCCGAGUGUGCAGGGGCUGUUGAUGAGAUGGAGAUGAGGGAAUCUGGUCAUGAUCUGGCAGAUGUUUGCAUAAGAGUUGACAAGAAAAUUUUCCGUUGUCAUCAAGUGAUUUUGGCAUCCAGGUCAGAGUAUUUCAAAGCAAGGCUAUCUCGGAUGACAGAUUUUCUCGAAGGGAGAGAUGGGAUGCCUGGUCAGUCUCUUCCGAUUCUUGAAGAACAUGAUCUAAGUACUGAGGCAUUUGAAAAGCUGAUAGAAUACAUGUACACUGAUGGUCUGAAGGAUGUAGACCCUAAUCAGGCUGAGGAAAUCUUUGAUGCUGCUUCAAGAUAUUUGUUGUUUCCUCUUAAGCGUGCUGUAGCUGAUGUGCUGCUACCACAUCUGGAAAUGGUCUCUCCUGCAGAGCUGUGCCACUGGCUGAUAUUAUCCGACAUGUAUGGCGUAUUGAAGAUAAGAGAAUACUGUCUAGAUGCAAUUGCUUGUAAUUUUGAAACAUUUGCUGACACACGUGAGUUCCGAGCUAUGCUUUUGACGCUUCCACCGCCCUCCGGAGACUCCUCCCUACGCACCACCCUUCCAAGCGCACCAGGGGCUGGUGUGAAUGCUGACCAGGGAAACCUUCUUGAUGAUUUGCGGGAGAAAUGGCUCGAGGCAGAAGCAGCCGAGCUCGACAAGAGAGAUGAAAGUGCAGCGCUGUUUGACAAGCGGCUAGAGAUGCUUAUGCUCACUGCAGAAUGGGAAAAUACCAAUACCGACACUCACCACACGUAAAAAUGCGCCAUUUUGGUAAGGUGUUACCCCCACAAAAUGUAAUUAGAUUCUUCUUU